GUGGAGUUCACGCAGAAAGGUGUUUUGUUCAUGUGUUUCUAGCUUUUGACCUCAAUGAUCAAGCGGAAUAUGUCAACACACAGGGCAAACUGACUUUCCUAACACCACACUUGAUUUUUCUUCAAUGCGGCCAACCUCCCGAACAACUGCGAAAAAAGACGAAACAAAAAGAAUAAAGAAAAGAUGGGGGGAAACAACGGAGAGACGACAACGGCUUCUCGGAACCUUUUUUUGCGUGUUGCUCCCUGUAUCAAAAUUGCGACGACACAAUGACUCUACCUGUGGACGAUCAUCCUGUCCCCUGUCACAACUGCAGGCCCUAAUUGAAGAGAGAGAACUGGAGAUUGCAGAGGUAAAUCCACCUUGAGAUCAGCAGUUCGAACAUGGCAAAAGUCUCACAGGUUCAAGACCGCGUUUCAUUACCGUCUUGUCCUUUGCCCCGAAAGAUCGAAAACACAAGUGCUAUUCGUCUGUCCUCCAGAUUCGAAGAGAUGCUCUGGAAUUUCGUCGGGACGUAGUAGUCAACGGGGAAAAUCGGUGGUCGGGGGCUACAGUGGCAGAGAAGCUGCUCAAAUGGCUGGAGGACAAGUUGGUCCGAAAAGACAUGCAGAUAACUAAGCUAAAGCUUCGCACGCACCAGUUACGGCAGCAGGCAAAAGCCCCAGCGAGGCGUCUGCGGAACCGGUUCAACUCGGGAGAUGACUUGCACUAUAUCGACUUUCACCAGCUGCAGAUUGAGAACGAGCAAUUUGCUGCUAAAAUUGAAGAAGCAAACCGAGAAGUUCUCCGACAGAAAAGCAUCUGCGCAAAAACACUCCAGAGCCAAGUGCAAAUGAAACAAGCUCUGCUAGCAUGUGGAGAAGAGGCGAAACGACUCACAACGCAAAUCGAGGAGAGGAAAGCUCUGCUACGAAAAGCCAAGUGGGACGUACAGAAGGCAGUGAAGGAAAAGGAUGCUUCGAGAAACAAUAACAAAAGGCUGCACAUCCAAUCGCGUGCCACAAUGAAGGUACCGCUAGUACUUGAUUACGUUGCCAAUAAAGCAGCCGAGUACGAUCUGCAACAGCAAGUAAAAACAUGGAGACGGAAGGUCCAAGUCGCUGAGGUAGAGGCAAGAAGAGCGAAAACCAGCAGAAAGCGCCCUGCGGAUCCCGUUGCCGUUGCUUAGACGGUUACGGAGCGCCCCCCUUCCGCGCCAGUUCAAGGAAGAAGCUUGCGAUAGCAGUGUGGUCGUUGUAUCCCAGUCAUCGCUUGUUGUGCUGCAGAUAUUUUAGGCGCGUCGAUCCGCCUUCCUGAAAUGACUAUCUCGGCGUGCAAAACACCAAGCGACCAUGUCGGCCCUCGUUCAGGUACUCGUUUCUUGUACUUGUGGCAUGUGUGCAUAUGUAGUCCCACAGUCAAAGAGUUUUUUUUGUAUAUGUGAAUCGACGCAGGUUCCUGGGAAACGUUUGCAGCCGAGCGAAUCACACGCUGUCGUGGUACUCAAGAUACGAAUGUAACCCUUCCUGGCUUGGUGAUCGACUUGAUGCUGCUAGUCUUCCAUCUCAGGUGUACUCACAUCUUUUACUGCUGGCUGCAGAACUGUACUGGACUCCCAGUCACCAUCAUGACAAUGAC